AUGUCUCAAAUAAGGUUUCACUAUUUAGAUCUCUUCGGCAGAGGAGAAGUUACUAGAAUAAUAUUGAAAUAUUUAGGUCUUGAAUUUGAAGAUAUAAGAUACACCCGUGAGGCUUGGAAUGAAACCAAAACAUCAGGAAUAGCAGAAUUUUAUCAAGUGCCUUUACUCCAAAUUGAUGGCCACAACUUGGUUCAGUCCAGAGCUAUCGAAAAGUACACUUUCAUUAAUAAAUAUAAUUUUAUAUGCUUUAUAUCUCUUUUAAUAAUAAAUUCCCAAAUUCAAUUACCAAGAAUGGUACAAUUUUUUAGAAGAUUAUAUGUUCCUAACUUUGAAAUUUGCUUAAUAAUUAUGCAAAAAUUAUUUAUUAGUUUUGCCGGAAAAAUAAAUAAAUAUUAUACUUGCUCAGAAGAGCUAUAUACAUUAAAAUGGCGACAAGUGCCACCUGCCCUCGUGGCGAAGCAGUCCAGACUUUAUGGCCGCGGUGAACUGGGACGGACUCCAAUUCGAGAAUCAAGUGCAGGCUCAAGAGAUGUGUACCCGGGUAGGCUUGGCUGCUUUCCUGUUGUAGAAAUGGAGGUACUCAGCAACGUCCUUUUGGAUCCGAGGGGGCAUUCUUCUACCGAGAAACUGGGGGUUUCGGCCUAAGCUACAGGGGAGUAGUCUUUUUUCUAUAGCUACCGAAGGAAAAGAACUUCAGCACCGGGCAGACUCCAAAGACACUUACUCCCCCCCUUUAAAUUGGAACAAAAUUUAAUUUUUAUAAUAAAAAAUUAUAUAUAUAAUUUUUAUCUAAAAAGUUUUGAUAUAAGUUAAAUGCUUCUUCUUAACUAAAAUUAAAAAUUUAUUUAUAUCUUGCUCUUUUUUAAAGAAAAAAGUAUAAAGAGCAUCUUAUUUAAAUAAAUUUAUUAUCCUUAAUUGGUAAAUUUUAAAAAAAAUUAAUUUUUUUUUUUUAAAAAUUUUCAAAAAAUUUUUGUUUUUUUGGUAAAAAUGAUAUUUUUUAUUUGGAUAGUUUUGAUAUAAAUUCAAUCGGAAUUCUUUAUAAAAUUUCAAAAUUUACUUAUUCCUUGCUUUAUUUUAAAGAAUAGAGUAUAAAUAGCAUCUAAAUUAGCACUUUGAUCGAUAAAUUUCUAAAAUUUAUUUUUUUUUAAUUUUUUUUAUCAAUAAAAAUAACAAAUUUUGUGUAAAUAAUUUUGAUACCAAUUAAUAGUGGCGUAUUAACUAAUAAUGAAAAUUUAGUUAUAUCUUGCUUUGUUUUAAAGGAUAAAGAGUAAAUAGCAUUUUAUUAAACAAAAUUUAUUGAUCUAAUUCGAUAAGCUUUUGAAAUUUUUUUUUUUUAAUUUUUAUAUAUUUUAUAAAAAAUUUUAUAUUGAUAUUUUUUUUUAAAAAAAAAAAUUAACCCCCCUUUAAAUUGGAACAAAAAUUUUAGUUCCAAUUUAAAGGGGGGGGGCGAGUUAGAAUCAAGCUAUUCCAAUGGUCUGCCACAGGGCCGCAGAAAUUCACAAGCACUCAAGACUGAAGCCUCAAGGUGAGGAGGAGAUGAAGGUACCGAAGUGGCAUCCACCUUCGGAGGAAAGACCCUCUGGCAUGAAGUCGAAAAGCGGUUGAAUCUCCCAUACGGGAGGUCUUUUGGUGACUAUAUCACCACUAUGGUUAAUGCCUGCCUUUAAUAAAUCUAACCUAAUUUGCUCAGAAGAGCUGGGCUUAUUUCAAGUGAUCCUUUUGCCAACUAUCAAUCAGAAUCUCUUGUUGGCUAUAUAGAUGAUACCAUCCAAAUUGUUGUCAAAUUCAUGUGAAUUGAUAAAGAUUUGGAAGGACUUGGGAAAUGGAUACAAGAGCAGCUUCCAGAAAGGCUUAAGAUCAUUGAAAAAAGGCUAAAUGAAAGCAAUACCCACCUUGCUGGCGAUUCAAUAAGCCAUGCAGAUUUUGUUGUUUUCGAAUUUCUUUAUGAUGGAUUUUUAAGACCUCAAAAGGCUGCAACAGCAAGAUCUAUUCUUGAAGCAAAUGCUCCUAGACUUCUUCAGUUCGCAGAGACUUUUAAGAGCCAUCCUCACUUAGCAGCUUAUCUUGCAACAAGGGAAGAGAGGGAAAAUUAA